GACAUGCGAUAAGAGAGCAAGGAGUGAGUUACCCAGUUACGUCUGAGGAUGCGGACGAAAAACUUGUGAAAUUCGUCUGCUUGUUUGAGCACAUAUAGUAGGCAGUAGGUUGUACAACUGGUAGUAUCAAAAAAAGCUUUCCAGUACGAGCUGUAUGAAUGGCGGAACGGUCAGAGUACAAACGUACAACUUGGAAGCCAUGCAGUUUGUCUUCACGGUCUAACCAAGAGCAAGAUGUGCGGAUUGCAUUACUCGUUUUAAACUACACAGAUCUUGUUUGGAAGAAGCUAGAAAAAUUAUGGAAUAUGGCUGAGGUGAAAGCUUGUGUGGAUGGGGGUGCCAAUCAACUUUAUGAGUGUGCUCAAAAAGAAGCAUACAAGUUCAUUCCUGAUAUUAUCGCUGGUGAUAUGGACUCACUGAAAGAUAAAGUGAAGGACUUCUACAUUGAGAGAGGUAGUGUUAUGGUAAACACUCCGGAUCAAAAUGAAACUGACUUCACUAAAUGUAUUCGGAUUAUUAUUGAGAAUAUUAAGGACCAAAAUUUGAAGGUUGAUUGUAUUGUUGUAGUGAGUGCUUUUGGUGGAAGACUAGACCACACAUUUGCCAAUAUCAACACACUGUAUCUGGCUUCAGAGCUUACUCAUUUACCAGUGUAUCUGAUGGGAGAAGAGAAUAUAGCUUUUCUCUUACAAUCUGGAGAACAUGUUAUAGAAGUAAACGAUGUUAAUCAUCAUUCCUGGUGUGGGUUGCUGCCUGUAGGACGUCCUUGUCGUAGUGUCACAACAUGUGGUCUUAAAUGGAAUCUCAACAAAAGUGAGAUGGAGUUUGGAGGUUUGAUCAGUACAUCCAACACCUUGGAUCCAGCUAGUAAUGGAAUAGUUACCAUAGAAACAGAUGACUCACUUCUUUGGUGUAUGAUGUUUGCGUAAAUAGUUUACUCAAUGGCAAAUAGUAGUGUCACAUGUGAUCAUGUCGUAACUGAAAUCAUAAGAUUAGUUGAUGUGCUUCCUACCUCAUAUAUGCUGCAUACACUUUGUUUGUAUAGACUUUUUUAAUUAUGACUUUUACAAAUGUAUUUAUUGAAGAUGUUUUCGUGUAUGUCCCUCUCGUAUAUACAUUUUGAAGUAUUCUUAUGUUGCAAUUAUGCACAUUAGUCCCCGUCCGGAUGCGGUGACCUCUGUGCAUGUGUGCAUGCCCUAUAUCUUAGACAUGCCUGGACCAAUUACAUUAAAGAUUCACAUGUACAUCGUACAUGAUAUUAUA